AUGACAACCAAACUGCGAAACCAACCGUUAUCGUUAAAUACAAACCAAUCGAGCACCGGCGCUGGCACUGGUGCUAAUUCGAUACCUCCAGGUACUGCUAUCACUGACAAUAACCAAUCCUUUUUAUUACCAGGCUUAGCAUCACCACCCACUAUUUCAAAUAGUCCAAUAUUCCAGAAUCCAGCACCACAUUCUAAUAGAAAAAUGGAUUUAAGUAUAGAAGUACCAUCACAUCAGUUUGAAACUAAUGAACAAACCACCACUCCUAUCGAUAUUAACAUGAACAUGCUCAAAUACUAUGAAAUAUUACAACUUCCCACACCAAUUUUCAACACGGGGUCGUUUGCUAAUUAUAACCAACCAUUAUCAUCAUUGUCAUCUAACUCUUCAAAUGCAUCAAUAUCAAUGUCACCACCUGCAUUCAGACUGAUUUCCCGAGUUUGCAGUUUAAAGCAACCUAAAAGAUAUGUUUCUGAACCGAUACCUAUUUCUAGUUCGACGAGUGAAAAUAAGGUCACCACUUCUCCAAUUACACCAUCUUCAUCACCUCCAACAUUACAACAAGAAGAGAUUGCAAAGAAAGAAAAACAAAAGACAUUUUAUUCUAAACGAUUGGGAUUGUCUUUUAAUUUUGUUGAAGAAAUUGGUAAAGGAAAUUUUAGUCAUGUUGUAUUAGCAAAAACCAAUAUUUAUCAUAAUGAUAGCAAUGGAAACAGUGUCAGCAAUAACAACCAUAACCAAGAUGUUGUUGAUUUGGCAGUUGCUGUGAAAAUUAUAUCUGUGCCGAUGGAAUCGAAACAACAGGUUCACAAUUUCAAGUCAUUUAUUCGUCGUGAAUUGAAUAUUUUAUACCAUAUUUCUCACCAUCCCUGUAUUACUUCAUUGAUUGAUUACGAAAUAUCUUUAGACAUUCCUAUCGAACAAAUUGAAUCAGACGUGAUAAUUGAUGACGACGAAAUAUACCAGAAAAAUUCACCCCAGAAUUUGAGCAUGCAGCCCCAUUCCGACAUUGAUAAAUCAAGUUCUCCUGACCAAUUUAUAUUUAUGAAUUAUUGUAAUGGAGGGAACUUGCUUCAUUUCUUACAAAAAAACAACAGCAAACAUCAUUAUCUUCAUCAUCACCAUCACCAUCAUCAUCACCACAACCAUCAACAAGAUCACCACGAUACCAUACAUUACUGGCAAUUCUUGAAGCGAAUAGUGUGUGAAUUAAUUGCCACCACCGCGUUUCUUCAUAAAAAUCUUGUAAUCCACCGUGAUUUGAAACUAGAAAAUAUUCUUUUGUUGCAUGAUUUUGAGUCGUUGGUGUCUUUAUCGUCAUCAGUAUCAUUUGAUGAAUUAUUAAUGUCUAAUGCUAUUAGCAAUUUGAGUGAUUUUGGAUUGUCAAAAAAAUUAUCGACUCAAGAUCAAUUGUUAAGUACAAGAUGUGGGUCCCAAGAUUACAUUGCACCCGAGAUAUUGAUGGGAUUGAAAUAUAAUGGUAAAUUAACAGAUACCUGGUCAAUUGGGGUUAUUAUUUACUCAAUUUUAGAGAACCGAUUACCAUUCGAUAUUCCACCACCCCCACCAUCAUCAUCAGCAACGCCACAUUACAAUUCUUCAACCUCUCCUAAUAAAGGAUCCCCUACAGUCAUAAAAAGAAGAAGAUCGAAAACCAACAGUACAGCUUAUAGAAUUGCUAUGAUUGAUUGGGAAUGGUCCAAAUUAGACAAUGCCAAUAUAGAACAUUAUCAAGAGAGUGUGAAGGACAAUGGGAAUGAUACAAUUCCAACCGAAGUGUUGACAAUUUGGAAACAAUUGAAAUCAGUAGUUGAUACUGUCUUAUUUAGAAAAGAGAAGAGAAUUAAUGUUGAGCAAAUGUUGCAAUUGGAUGAGUUUAAAUGGAUUACAGAUUGUUUACCUGAUUUCAUUGUUAAUGUGUAA